AUGGCAACUUUUGCAUAUACAGAGGGUGAUAUUAGUCGCAUUACAUCAGCUCUCAGGGGGGCCAGGGAAUUUCUAACUAAUGACAGUGAGCGAGGGAUAGCCCAUAAACUUGAGAGGGAAUUAAAAAAGAAAAUCAGUUGGGAAUUACAUAUAAGUACUUUAGGAGAGUAUCUGAGACAAAAGAGAAUUCCUAGGGGCUUGAGGGUUAGGUUACACCCUACACUAUGUAGAGAUAAUGUUGAACACCGUACAGUAUGGUACAAGAUAUUAAACAAAUGUUCGGUAGACCUUAUGGUAUUAACCAUUGAAUCGCUACAGAAGGAACUAAUUAAACUUGUAAAAGAGAUAGCAGCAGCUGAACAAGAAUUAGCAGCAGUUACAUCCUCCACUGACUUAGAAACUCUUAAAAAACAGAUAGAAGAUAAACUCAAGGAAUACCAGAGAGAAACUGAGGAAUUUAAAAAGAAAAAAUUCCAUAGGGACGAAUUGGAUUAUCAGAGGGAUCAAGUAUAUACCUGGUAUACCAGAACAGACAACCGCUCAUACAGACCAAACAGAGAUACAAACGUACAGAGAUGGCGCUCGGAUACAGAGGGUAUUACAUCCUCCUCCUCAGCCUCCUCAUCCUCAGGAAUGACUUUUUUAGAGAGAGGCACACGACACGAAGAAACAUCAGGAGGGGGGGUCAUCACAAGAGGCACACGGGAGAGAAAACAAGGCCGUCCGCCCCAAUCGAGACGCAAUCUCUGA